AUGGAUGUAUUUCGUCAUGGCGAUCGAUCCCCCAUUGAGUCGUUUCCCACGGACCCUCACGGUGAGGAAGUGUGGGCACAAGGCUUCGGGCAGCUAACUGAGUUGGGGAUGAGACAGCAGUUUGACGUCGGCAGGUUUCUAAAGAGACGCUAUGGACUCUUCCUCAGUGAAGACUACAACAGCAAAGAGGUGUAUGUGCGGAGCACAGACUAUGACCGCACUCUAAUGAGUGCCCAGGCUAACCUGGCUGGGCUGUUCCCCCCAAACAGACGCCCCCCUCCCCUCAUGCCCCAGUUACCAUGGCGGCCCAUUCCAGUGCACACUGUCACCAGAGCACAGGAUAAGCUGUUGAAGUCCCCAAGCAAACACUGCCCCAGGUUUAGAGAGCUGAUGGGGGAGACGUUUGACAGCCAACACUACCGGAGAGUUCUCAAGUCUCACCAGGUAAGUCUCAGAAGAGUUGUCAAGGUAACACAUCAAAUCAUAAAGCCUAUGACGCUUCAUUGUGACCGAGUGAUUGCUUUUAGGAAUCCACCAGGCGCAAUCUUAAAAUUGACUGACUGGAAUAAAAUAAAAAAAUCAUAUAAGAUGAACAUCUUCCCACAGCGAUUUAUACAGGAGCUCUCCAACCACACUGGGUAUCCUGUGUCUAGGCUGCUGGGCAGGAAUUCCAUCUGGAGGGUCUACGACACUCUCUCCUGUCAGAGGAAUCACAACCUGACCACCCCUGGCUGGGCCACACAGGAAGUACUCAACACUCUACAGGAAAUAUCCUCCUUUGAGGUCAUGUUCAGCGCCGUCACUCACAAGAGAAAGGAAAAGGCCAGGCUCUCAGGAGGGGUUCUGUUGAAUGCCAUCCUGAGGAAUUUCUCCAAGGCAAUGGAGCAAGGGGGCGCGUUCAAGUUCAUCAUGUAUUCGGCACAUGACUCCACCCUCAUCACUCUCCAGGCUGCCCUAGACGUGUACAACGGUCUUCUUCCUCCUUAUGCUGCCUGUCAGCUCUUUGAGUUCUACCAAGAGGAGGAUGGGUCCUAUUCUCUUGACAUGUAUUACCGUAAUGACUCAUCCCGUGAUCCCUACCCGACCCCUGUGCCUGGCUGUGAGACAACUCCGUGCCCUCUGACCUCAUUCACUGACCUGGUUAAAGAUGUCAUCUCAACGGACUGGGACGCCGAGUGUGGGCUCAAACCGUCAUGGUCCAACACAGGUGUCAUUGCGGCGCUUGCAGUGGCAGUAGCUAUCCUGACAGUGGCGCUGUUGGCCAGCAUAGCUGUGUUUAUUCACCAGAGGAGAAACCUGUACUCCAGGGAGGGGUAGUAGGGCUCUCCAGGCUUGAAUAAGUCUUCCUAAAACAUCAUGGAGGCAUUGGGAGAGGACAGGGCAAUACAUCAAUACUUAUAGGCCUACUAUCUCUGAGAUUAAAAUGGAAAUAAUCCAUACAAUGACCUUGUGAAUUUUGUUCUCUUGUGAUCUGUUGUACUGUUUUGUAUUGUAUUGUAUUGAGUUCUUAUUGGAUUUUGUUCUAUUUAGCAGAAUGUCAAGUCAUCUUAGGUCUUUGAGUGAUUUGGCUUUUAUAAUAUUUAGAAAAUGAUUGAAUUCGUUAUGUCUCCUUGACUUUUUCCACAUUUUGUUGU